GAAUUGAUCUGAAUCACGUCUUCUGGCAAUUACGCUCCAUUGGCAAACAGUGUUUGCCUGUGGCAGUAUUCCAAUAAUACAUUCUGCGGGGUUUCAAUCUUAUUUGACCCCGCUCACUUUCCCGCCUAAAUUCUAGAGAGUUUCUGACUCGCUUCGCUGGAAAUCAUUCAAAAUGGCGGCCGCAGACGCUCCUGCUGGCUGCAAAGUCGUGCUCGCCAGCACCGUCGCAAAGUCUCUCUCUUCAGAGGUUCAGGAGGGCCUGAAUCAAGUAGGAAAGGCUCCUCUGCUUGUGGGAUUCCUUGCCAACCACGACCCGGCUGCCCGCAUGUACGCAGACUGGACUGGAAAGACAUGUAGGGAAAGCGGUUUCGAGUUCGACCUCCGUCAGGUGGACAAGGAGGAGCUCGAAGACCAGAUCUUGGCGGCCAACCAGGACGACAAGGUUGACGGUAUCAUCGUCUAUUAUCCUAUUUUUGGCAACCGUCAGGACCAGUAUCUCCAGCAGAUUGUCGACAUCAACAAGGACGUUGAGGGCCUUAGCCACCGAUAUGUCUUCAACAUGUACCAGAACAUUCGUUUCCUUGACGAGGCCAAGCUCCAGAAGAGUAUCCUUCCCUGUACUCCCCUAGCCAUUGUCAAGAUUCUUGAGUACCUCCACGUCUACAACCCCGUUCUCCCCUACGGCAACCGUCUCUUUGGCCACAACAUCACCGUUGUCAACCGCUCGGAAGUUGUUGGUAGACCGUUGGCUGCUCUGCUGGCCAAUGACGGUGCUAAUGUCUACUCUGUCGACAUUGCCAACAUCCAAAAUUUCACUCGUGGCUCCGGUAUCAAGAAAAAGCGCCAUGAGGUCCACGACAAGGACGGCUGGAAGCUUGAGGACUGCGUGCCUUUGAGUGAUGUUGUCAUUAGUGGUGUGCCCGGCGACAAGUUCAAGUUCCCUACACAACUGCUCAGAGAUGGUGCUGUCUGCAUCAAUUUCUCAAGCGAAAAGAACUUCGGCCCCGAGGUCAAGGAGAAGGCCUCAAUCUAUGUCCCUGCCAUCGGCAAGGUCACCAUCUGCGUUCUCCAGAGAAACCUCCUGAGAUUGAUUCAAAACCGGAGAGGGCCUUCUGUUCCAUCUGGAACUGCCACGGAGAAGCCCGGAACCCUUGAGGCGCUUACGGAGUCAUGAUGUAAAAGAAAUCCAUAUGAAUUUAUUAUUAGCUUAGAACG